CAAACACACAAACGUUCAAAUUAAAGAAUCAGUUCGCUACGCGUGGUAUGAUUAAAAUAGCAAUAUACUUUAAACUUGAACGUUAACAAAAUUGGGAUAAUUAAUUGCAGAAAUAUUCAUAUUCACUAGCUAUUCUCUUUCUACUGCAUUCUCGCGGGCAAUCAGUCAGAAGACAAAAAUGUCUGGAAAGAGUUUUAGGGUGAGCGAUGGAGACUGGAUUUGUCCCGAUAAAAAGUGUGGAAAUGUGAACUUUGCCAGAAGAACAAGUUGUAACCGAUGUGGAAGGGAGAAAACUACAGAGGCAAAGCUGAUGAAGGCUGGGGGGACAGAAAUUGGGAAGACCCUGGCUGAAAAGAGCAGGGGACUCUUCAGCGCAAACGACUGGCAGUGCAAAACCUGUGGUAAUGUAAAUUGGGCCAGAAGAUCAGAGUGCAACAUGUGCAACACCCCUAAAUAUGCCAAACUUGAGGAAAGAACGGGAUAUGGUGGAGGAUUCAAUGAAAGGGAGAACUUGGUGUACAAUGAACGAGAGGAAUCUGAUGGAGAAUAUGACGAGUUUGGACGCAUAAAGAAGAAGUAUCGUGGAAAAAACAGAAAAGAGACUGAGAAAAAAGCAGAACCAGAAAAGGAUGAAAAAUAUGGUGAUGAGGAUGAGGAUGAUGAGGAUGAUGAUGGAGAUCUGUCAAAAUACAAACUUGAUGAUGAUGAUGAUGAUGAUGAUGCGGAUUUGUCCAAGUAUGACCUGGAUGCCAGUGAUGAGGGGAAACCCUCAGGGAAGAAAGCAAGUGCCUCUGGCUCCUCCCGCUCCUCCUCUCAAUCCUCCAGCUCAAGCUCACGGUCCAGGUCCAGAUCCCGUUCCAGGAGCUCGUCCGGUUCCAGGUCACGCUCUCGCUCCAGGUCUCGCUCAAGAUCCAGCUCCCGCUCUGGCAAAGACUCAGCUUCACCAAGAAAGAGAUCUCGCACACCAUCACCAUCUCCUGAGAGAGGCCAGAAGAGGAGUCGCUCCAGGUCAUCUUCUGGUGGCUGCAAAAAAAGACGCUCUCGAUCACAGUCGUCCGAAAGACGCCGAGGCUCUUCUGGAUCCUCCAAUUCUGGCUCAAGCUCGCAAAAGAAAUAAGAAAAAAAACUGUCUUAAAUAAGGAAACAGGUCUUUCUAUAACUGCAUGUUGUGUUUAGAAAAAUCACAAACUGUGCUGUUUUAAGUAUGAGUGUUGCAGUUUUUUUUCCAUCAUAAAUCCUAGCAAACAAUCUGCCUUUCUGACCAUUUAGGCUAGAUGAACCCUAAACAAGACAAUGUAGUUCCAUAUUGGCGGUAGUUAUACAAAUUGGGGGGACAUUUAUUGCCAUUUUAAUGGUACAUCCAUUUUAGAAAUUCACAGAUCAUGAUGCACAGUGGGGUUAUUCCAUGAAUGAACUACAGCUUUAUUUGGACAUGUAUACUGCUGCUGGUUUUACACAUUCUGUGUCUAUGGUCAGUUGGGACAGCCUUAAGAGCUGAAUAAGCGUUACUGGCUCUGGUCUGUGGCAGCAUCAUUUUGAGAAUAGCAGAGAGGUUUUGUUUUUUUUUUGUUUUUUUUCCCCCCUUUUCUUUCAAGCUUUUAACCACUUCAUCUAGUUGUAUGAGGUACAGGUAAGUAUGCUUUUAUUUUUGUUGAUAAAUGUCUUGGCCAAAUUGAUUAAAUUAUGUGAGGAUUUUGAGUUAAUCUUCAGUUUUCUGCAAUGACCUGAGAUCAAGAUUGGAGUAAUUCUAAUUUUAAAUUAAUUUGCAAGUUAGGCCAACAUCUCUUCAAAGUAAAACUAUCUAGGUCUAUAGAAUUCAUUUGUUAAAAAAUACUUCGGGCAUAUCAGAUAUUUUCCUCUUCAGGCAACAUUUAUAGAAACUUGUUUACCAUCAAUUGGAACUAAAUGGCAAUGUGAAUUAAAAAAAAAACUGUUAAUCUUA